CCUGUUGCAAGAAGAAGAACGUGAAAUGAAAUGGUCGUUUCUAGAACUGUUGAACAAUUAUCCAUUUUUGAUUUUCGGAGAUUGAAGAUUUCUCUUCGUCUGAGCACAGACAGGCAGGAAUGUUUAUUAGUCAUCGGUAUUCAUCGAUGAGUAUAUUUUAUCAUAACAAGCACUGGCAUUCAAAAUGCUAUGCAUGAGGAAAAUACUAUAUAUGAGGCACUUGUUGUUUUUUCCUCCUUAAUCGCAGGAUUUCUUAUGCUAUUGUUGUUCUAGUUACGCUUACGUGAUGAAGAAAGCAAAGCAGUUUGAUAGUUAUUCAAAGUGGAUGUAUGCUACUCUUCAAAUAUAUAUCCCUCCGUACUAACUUUAUUUGGCAAACUAGUACAAGAACUGGAAUAAGAUGGCCUCUUCAUCGUCUAGUGGUCCCGUUGCGCGUAAGCGAAUAAAUGGUAAAGUGAUCGUUGCUGGUGCCGCAAACACGGGUAAAACGUGUCUCAUUGAGAGGUUCGUACGCAACGUCUUCAUAGCGGACGACCCGUCCCAUGGACCGACUCUCGGCUGCGACUGUCUCCAAAAAUCGGUUUUCGUUGACGACACCGAAGUCUACCUUUUUCUCUACGACACAGCUGGCCAGGAAAGGUUCGCGGAUAUGGCAGCCAGCUACUACCGCUGUGGUGACGUGUGCCUCCUCGUCUUCGACCUCGCAAACCUCGCAAGCUUCGACCAUAUAAAGUGGUGGCAGAAAAAGGUACCCAAGUUAGUACUAAAAUAAAAUAUGACAGCACAGAACCGAAGUACUUACUUAGAAGUUGGCUCUUCUAGUAGUUCUAUUUAUUAGGCAGGUUCACAUCUUGAUAUUUGGGUAAAGUAGGGUCAUGAUCCAUCCUUAUUCUUCUUGGACUUUAUAAAGAUUAUAUCUUGUUCACUUUUCUUCACUAGGUGUGCGAGUACAAUCCGCGGUGUAGUUUUGUGCUAGUCGGUUGUAAGGAGGACUUGAUCGCAGAGCAGGUGGACAAUGGGUCGAGUGGAAAUGAGAGGUUUGGCAUAAUGAGCCGUUGGGCCGAGUCGGCGGGGAUGCCUUUUUUCACCACUAGUGCGAAACGCGGCGGCAGUCAAAUACAGUUUCUCUUCUAUAGUGUAGCGGAGAAGUGCAUUCGUCAAACGAGGGAGAAGCAAUUACAGCAGGAAGAAGCCUUGAAGAGUAGUCAAGACCGCGACGGCGACGGGAGGAUACUUUCCGCCUUCGGAAAUCCGCAACUCGAUGCUGAGGAUAUGCGCGCGAAUUGCUCUGGCUGCUUAAGCAGCUGACAUUUGUUGCGGACAAAUCAAUCGUUUUGUUUCUGCCAUGAUUGUGAUUCCAAAUUCAUUUACAACCAUCAACAGGAGGAAUAGAUACGUAGUAUUUUUGUGAUGUUUUUCUGAACCUAUGAUCUGAUGCGCUCAUUUCUGACCACCUCUCCCACCCUGUAUAUCCACCAAACCCCAUUCCCUCGUCUACGCAGUUCCUCCCCCUUUAUCAUGCAUGUGGUUGAUAAUCUUUCCAUGCUUCUGCAUGCAAAGUGAGUAGACCAAGACUGUAAGAAUUAAUAAGAACUCAUACAAAAUUGAGUAUGACCAAAGCCAAG